GGUUUGCGUCAGGUGCAGCCUGGGUGUGAGUGACGCCAGCCCAGGUCUGCCUGCAGCUGUGGGGUCAUUCCUCUUAUCUCUGGGACACGUGAGAUGACUGAAGCAGGUCAUGGGUGUGUGGGACUGAUUGCCCGUGGGCAAACGUGAUGUUCCUCUGUGCGUGCACCCACGAGGAAAAUGACUUGCCUCUUCCUUCUGUGAGCAACCUGCUGGGCAUUGCACCGAGCUCCUUGCGACAGAGCCCUGCGAGGGUUUGAGCUGCGGCACUCGGAGCCAGCUCCGAAGGUUCAGCGGCCUCCGGGCUGCGAUUCGGAGGGAUGUUGCGCCCAGGCAGCGGGGAGAGGCGGCAGCAGGGCCCUCUCCCGCACCGUCCCCGCCCGCAGCCUUGCCGUCCCUCCUCCCCGCCAGCAGGUGCCCCUCGGCCGCCGCUUCCUCUUCCCGGGCGGCGGGGGGCGGAGGCGGCGCGGGCCGGGCCCAGCAGCCGCGGCGCUGCAGGAUGCUGUUCCCCCUGCCUCUGCGGGUAGCCUGCAGCCUGCUUGCCUGGCUGUCUCUCUAUGCUUGGUUCUGCCAUCAUUACAAGCACCGGAAUUAUGAGUGGAGCUGCAGGCUGGUCACGCUGACCCAUGGCAUCCUUGCUACCUGUCUCUCUGCUUACAUUGGCUUUAUUGAUGGUCCCUGGCCUUUGAGUCACCCAGGAUCACCAAACACAACUCUUCAGGUACACGUGCUGUGCCUUAGCUUGGGCUACUUCCUCUUCGACCUUUGUUGGUGUGUGUACUUCCAGACGGAGGGUGCCCUGAUGCUGGCCCACCAUCUGGUGAGCAUCUUGGGCAUUGCAGCAUCGUUGGCACUCGGCGAGUCAGCUGCGGAGGUCAAUGCCGUCAUCUUUGGUAGUGAGAUCACGAACCCGCUGCUGCAGGCCCGCUGGUUCCUGAAGGAGAUGGGGUGUUACCACAGCUUCACAGGCGACGUGGUGGAUUUCUUCUUCGUGGUCCUCUUCACUGGGGUGCGGAUUGGAGUGGGGGCCUGGCUCAUGUACUGUGAGCUUGCUUCUCCUAAACCCAGGUGGUACAUUAAGCUGGGUGGUGUCAUUAUGUACGCUGUCUCCUGGGUUUUCAUGGUCAGCAUCUGUCGCUUUGCUAGGAGGAAGAGCAUGAAGAAGUACCACGCUUGGAGGAGUCAGAGGAGUGAUGGGUUAUACUUGAAAACUAAUGGACAUCUGAAAAACCACUGACUGGACAGUGAGUAAAGACUUCCUCGACUUCACAAUCUGGCAAGAAGGGGAUUGUGCCUGAAAUGCCACUGUCGGGAGAGGAGCCAACACACGUUAGCAAUUCUGGAGCCAAAUUUAUCCCUGGCAUAACUAUUGAAAUCCAUGGAGCUCUGCCAUAGAUUCUUUGAAUCCUCAGUGUUUGGCCUGGCAGAGGCUGGAUUGGUGUGUAUGUAAACAUAAGCUAAAUGAUAGGAGUGAAAGAAGGGCUAAUUUUACAGACUAAACAUAACUAGUCCAGCAGUGCAGUUGUAAAUAGUAAUGUUAGUAGGUAACUCCUUCAGCACUGGUAGAAUCUUGGGGGAGAGGAGAAAAUAACACUAGAUCUUCAUGUUCUGUGUCCUGUGCAGUCUAGACAACUAGAGUGAAUCUUCAUACUGUUAGAAGGAAGCAUGUUCUAGUUGUUUCAUCAGAGUUAGGAUUCCUGGCUCUCCCACCAACUCGUUGUGUGACCUUGGGCAAGUCACUUAACUGUAACUCUGUGCCUAAUUUCCCCCUCUGUGAACUGGGGGUGAUGGAGCUGAUCCAUCUGUUACGCACUUUCAGGUCUUUACUAGAGAGGUGCUACAUCAAAUACAAAAUGGUGGUUGUUACUGGCACUUCAUUCACUAUCCCCUUUUCCUUUGGGAGAAACGAUUUUGGUGGUUGAGCUAGAGUGUGACUCUAGAAAGAACAGUAUUUUAAGUAGGUCAUUCCUACCCUUUCUAAUUCCUUUUAAUAACUUAUUUAAUAAAAUAACUUAUUUUUCAGUAGUGUCCAGAAGUUCUAAUCAGCACUGGCACCUUGCAGGACUAGGUGCUCUGUGAAUACACCCAAAGACAGCCCCUAUGUGAAAUGCUUUUCUGACAUUUUCCCUCUUCUUCAUCCCUGGCUGUUAAAACUCCACCUACCCGCUCCAAAUACUGCUUUUAGCUCCUUGAGUACCAACACUCUGUUAUGAGAAACCCCAUCAGGACUUGCCAGUAAGUGGUUUCUCGCUGAUGGAUCAAGUCUUGAUUUGUCUGCAGGAUGCCAUAAUUCCCUCUGCUGUGCUUAUUGGCCCAAACGCAGGCAGAGUGUGGAGCCAGCCCAAGACUAAACGGUUGCAGCCAAAGACCUGAAGAGCCCAAAGCACUUCAGAUUAGCAAAGCCAACUGAUGGGUGAACUGGUCCUGAAGAGGAAACAUGACUCAUUUUUAGCAUAGCAGUGACACAACUACUGAGCCUUGAAGGAGACAAGAAGGGCUAGCUGGAGCUUGCUGUUUCUUUCCCAGCUCUGCUGCUGCUUUUGGGCAUGACAAGGAGCCUUUUUGCCUCAGCUUACCUGCUUAAAAAAGUGGGUACAGUAUUACCUACCUCGUGGGGUGUUUUAAUUUAACAGUAGCCACAUUUGACGAGUGCUUGGUGGCCUGUGUCAAGCUGUGCUGUAUAAAGGCAAAAUGCAGUUGCUGUGAGUGAAGCACUUCUUGCUAUGACCCAUCAUCAGUACUUUGUCAUCUGAUCACAGCACUUCCCAGCAUCUGGCUUGCCUCACAAAAGCAGGAGUCCAAAGUGUUUUGCAGUGCUGCUUAUGAUUGGCAGUCAAAAGGAGUAAGCUAGACACAGGUGUAAAGAUAAGCCAUGCUGCUUCUUGUUCAAGUGGACUCCCAAGUUGAAGAAAGAAUAUCUGAUAGGUUUUCCCUAGUAAGGAUUGCAGUAAAUCUGGAGCCAAAAGAAUUUCAGCAGCCAGCCUGACCAGGGAAUAAGGGAUUAAAGCAUCAAGUCCUGAAGAAAUGUAGGUGAAUACAGCCUGUUCAAUUCUCAGUGCAGCUAUUGACUUUUCCCACCAAGAAGAGCAUCCUGAGCAGUGCUGAUGACAUAGUGCUCUGACCUCUUCUGAGGUUUGGUGUGCAUGGUUAAAGCCUUCCUGUGAGGGCUGCACAGCCCAUACCUGCCUAAGUGAGUAAGGAUGUCAGUUAGUGACUGCAGUAUCUGUGACACACCUGCGUGAAGAUGUUUUGAAGGAUACUGCACUUCCUUGAACAGGGGAGAACCUUGAAGUAAAGCACUGUGAUCAAUAUAUUGAGGCUUUAGAAGUUAAACAAGGGCACCAGAAAACAAAGGAGUGAUUAGGGAUGGCUUUUUGAAGUAGAGCUAGCAACCAUGUCUCAGAGCGAGGCCUCAUAGUCUGUGUAUGGGCUCCACCAUAGAGGCACAGACCUGGAAGAAGUGUGACUUUCAAGCUAUGGAGCACAUGGUGGGACCUGUCCUAAGGCUAGUCCAUCACGACUAGUGCAAAUUGUAAAAGGAAACUGCAGAACUAGUGUGAAAUAAUGACUUGUGUUUGAAUUACUGUGUAAUAGCAACUAAUGUUCCACCAGUGAAUGGUGUAGAUGCUUUGUAUUAUGUUUUAUAAAAUAAAGAUUAUUUAAUUACA